AUGGAGAAUUGGGAAAUCGAGCCGGGCUCCCGCAUCCCGCCUAUCAAAGUCUACCCGGACAAAUACGCGGGACAAGUGGUGCUGAUCACAGGUGCCGCACAGGGGAUCGGGGAAGUGGCUUCGAAGCUGUUUGUGCGUCAGGGCGCCACAGUGAUUAUGGUUGAUGUUCAAGAGGACAAACUCCAGCAGGUCGCCGCGAAGAUCGACGCAGCCCAAUACGGCGCAGAGCUAGCAAGCUCUCCGGCAGAGAAACUGGAAGGGAAGGCGGAAAUCCGGGUCUGCAAUGCCGCCGACGAAGCCAGCGUCAACUCGAUGGUGGACGACGUGGUCCGGACUCAUGGUAAGAUUGACGUCCUCAUCCAGCUCGCGGCCGUAUACCCUUUCAUCCCCAUUGUGGGCCACCCCGGUGACAGUUUCAAGAAGGUCAUGGACGUCAACGUCAUGGCGUGUUUCUACCUGACCAAGGCCGUGCUGCCGCACAUGCAAGAGGCUGGGUACGGACGAAUCAUCAACACCUCGUCGGGGACCUUGCAACUCCCAGACCCAGGUCUCUCGGCGUAUGUGACUUCAAAGGCGGCGGUGAUGGGAUUUACACGUUCCACCGCCGUCGAGGCCGGGCCCGGGGUGACGGCGAACAUUAUCUUACCCGGGUUGAUCAGGACGCCGGCGGUGUGGAAGCUCCAUGGCCGGGAGGACGGAUCGCAUCCGUUGUUUGAUCGGUUGCUGCAAAAGCAGUGUGUGAAACGUAAUGGGAGGCCCGAGGAUAUUGCGUAUACGAUAAAUUUCAUUGCCAGUCCAGAGGCGCAGUUUAUUACGGGUCAGAUAUUUGAUUGUGGUGGUGGGGCAACGUUCCAUUGA